UCGCCAAUUAUCCGAAUCGGUCCUAAGCAUGGCUCGAGGAGGGUACCGGGUGUUAGCGUUGAGUGCCUUACUGGUGUUAGUGGGAAGUGCAGUGGUUGUGAAGGCGGAAAGUGAAAACUCAGAUGAUGGGAUCUCUGUGGAGGUCGAAGAAGAUGACCAGUACCACAGUCCGACAAUAGACCCGAAGAAAGUGUUCCUCGCAGAGCACUUUGACGAUGAAGCCGCUUUUAAGAAGAAGUGGGUUAAAUCGGAGGCCAAGAAGCAGGGUGUCGAUGAGAACAUCGCCAAAUAUGAUGGCAAAUGGAGUAUCCAAGCACCAACAAAGAAGAUCCUGAAGGAUGACUUGGGAUUGGUGCUGACCACGGAAGCCAAGCACGCGGCCAUAUCCACACUCCUGGACAGGCCAUUUGAGUUCAAAGACAAGCCUCUCGUGGUCCAGUAUGAAGUUACUAUGCAGCACAGAAGGGAUACGCAGCAACUAUUUGUCGCGGGGUACGUGGACACGAACAUAAACCCAUAG